AUGAUGCAAGAAUUAGGUUUAGAACGUUUCUCCAGCGACCUCACUCCUCCUUCCCAAACCUCAUCUACUUCUCUCUCCAUCGACGAAGAGGAAUCCCCCGAGGCCAAGAUCCGACGGCUGAUAUCAGAGCAUCCGGUGAUAAUCUUCAGCAGAUCUUCUUGUUGCAUGUGUCACGUCAUGAAAAGACUUCUCACAACAAUCGGAGUCGUCCCCACCGUCAUCGAGUUAGAUGAUCACGAGGUUUCCUCUCUCCCCGUGGCUCUUGAAGAAGAAUAUUCCAGCGGUGGCUCCGUCGUUGGUCCUCUGCCGGCGGUUUUCAUUGGCCGUGAGUGCGUUGGUGGUCUUGAGUCCCUUGUCGGGCUCCAUCUAAGUGGUCACCUUGUCCCUAAGCUUGUCCUAGUUGGAGCUCUUUGGGUAUGA